AUGGCUGCCAGGGUGGCGGCCAUUCCCAGCCCGAGCGGGGGCCUCCAGAAUGCUUCCUUCAGCUGCCCUCCACAGCCACUCCACAGACUCGCCGGCGAGUGGCGACUCUUUAUCAACUCUGGCAGCGUGCGGGACGUGAGCAUUGGCACCUCCGGGCCAUACGCCGCCGAGCUCAGUGCCGCCGAGCUUCCUUCGGCGCCGCUUCUGAGAACGUUCAGCCACGGCGGUCUCUAUGCAAAGUACACGGAGAUGGCUGCGGAAGUUCUCUUGCCUGCCAUCGAUUACGAAAGUGCUGACGACGAUUUUAAGGUCCGGCGCUAUCGGCUCUUCAGCCGCCUCUGCCGUAGCACAGGCAUCAUGGAGCUCGAGGACCUCGAAGGCGAAGGUCAGGACUUUGCCUGGAGGCACUUGCAGGCCGUGGCACUUCGCCGACGGCCCUCCCUACCGGACCUGGCCGUGCCCUUUGUCGUGGCCGGGCACCUCUUCGUUCAGGCCAUCCACAGCGUGCUUCAGACGCAGCGGCUCGACCACAGCUAG